AUGCAAAACAUCGGUUCAAUGGAUGCAUCAAGGCUUCUAAAUGAUGAUAAUAAGGGUGGUGAUGACACUUACUUUCUAACAGAUUCAGGACCUAGCCAACCUGGUGUAGGACAUCCUAGGCUUUCAAGUUUCAAUAAUAAGGGUGGCGAUGACACUUUCUUUCCAACAGAUUCGGGACCUAGCCCACCUGGUGUAGGACAUCCUAGGCUUCCAAGUUUCUAUAAUAAGGGUGGCGAUGGCACUUUCUUUCCAACAAAUUCGGGACCUAGCCCACCUGGUGUAGGACAUCCUAGGCUUCCAAGUUUCGAUAAUAAGGGUGGUGACGACACAUUGUUUCCAACAGAUUCGGGACCUAGCCCGCCUGGUGUAGGACAUCCUAUGCUUCCAAGUUUCGAUAAUAAGGGUGGUGAUGGUACUUUCUUUCCAACAGAUUCAGGACCUAGCCCACCAGGUGUAGGACAUCCUAGGCUUCCAAGUUUCUAUAAUAAGGGUGGCGAUGGCACUUUCUUUCCAACAAAUUCGGGACCUAGCCCACCUGGUGUAGGACAUCCUGGGCUUCCAAGUUUCGAUAAUAAGGGUGGUGAUGGCACGUUCUUUCCAACAGAUUCAGGACCUAGCCAACCUGGUGUAGGACAUCCUAGGCUUCCAAGUUUCGAUAAUAAGGGUGGGGAUGACACUUUUUUUCCAACAGAUUCGGGACCUUGCCAACCUGCUGUAGGACAUCCUAGGCUUCCAAGUUUCCAUAAUAAGGGUGGUGAUAGCACGUUCUUUCCAACAGAUUCGGGACCUAGCCAACCUGGUGUAGGACAUCCUAGGCUUCCAAGUUUCGAUAAUAAGGAUGGUGAUGACACUUUCUUUCCAACAGAUUCGGGACCUAGCAACCUGAUGUAG